GCAGUGUUGGCUUGGACAGCCAUUCCGGCCAGGCCCCUGUGUGCUGCUGGCCGAUCAGGCUGCUGGGUUUUGCCGGGCCUCUCCCUGCUCGGCCAUCAUCCCUCCGAGCUUCUUUGUCUUCCUGCCGGCUGUGUUUUCCAGCUCGGGGUGGUGACAAGCUUUGCCAGGGCCGAAGCACCCGGAGGAUGGAAACGUGUGCUCAGCCAUGUCUCUGGGCCGCCUCCUUCGCAGGGCCUCCUCCAAGGCCUCGGACCUCCUGACCCUCACCACGGGGGGCAGUGGUGGGUCCCCCUCCGUCCUGGAUGGAGAGAUCAUCUAUUCCAAGAACAAUGUCUGUGUGCAUGCGCCUGAGGGGCUGCAGGGCCCUGGGGAGCACCACCCAGGGUACCUGUGUCUGUACAUGGAGAAAGAUGAGCUGCUGGGGACAACCCUCAUCCUGGCAUGGGUCCCCAACUCUCGUAUCCAGAGGCAGGACGAGGAGGCCCUACGUUACAUCACUCCUGAAAGCUCCCCGGUGCGCAAGGUGCCUCGCCCUCGCCGGCGGCGCACCACGAGCUUGGGGGCCCCCUACCAACCCUCUCCCACAGAGCCACGGCCUCCCCUGAUUCCCAAAGACGAGGACAUCCUGGCGGUGAUCCGGGACACGCAGGAUGCUGCGCGCACCAGCCCUACAGAUGAAGAGCGGGAGAAGCUGGCUCAGGGCCGGGAGGUGGAUGGGACCCUGCCCACGUCACAGCCCGUCCACAGCGACUCUGGAAUCCUGUGUACAGUCAGCUCGCAGGAUGGCACAGAGGAUGGCCGGGAGCCGAGGCCUGAGGCUGUGGAGGAAGAGGGCUCCUUGGAGCUGUCGGUGGACGGCGUGAGCAGGGACAGCUCCUUCGACUCUGACUCUGACGCCUUCUCCUCCCCCUUCUGCCUCUCCCCCAUCAGUGCGGCCCUCGCAGAGGGGAACAGCUCUGCAUUCCUGGAGAGCGAGGGCAGCUCCCCCUGUAGCUCGGACGCCAAUCUGCGGUUCCCUGAUGGCAACGGCCUCCUGCAGAUGCCUCGCUGGGAUGAGCCGCAACGGGGUUGUGCCCUGGAGCAGAUCUGCGGCGUGUUCCGUGUGGACCUGGGCCACAUGCGCUCCCUGCGGCUCUUCUUCAGUGACGAGGCUUGCACCAGCGGCCAGCUGGUGGUGGCCAGCCGGGAGAGCCAAUACAAGAUUUUUCACUUCCACCACGGCGGCCUGGACAAGCUCUGCGAGGUGUUCCAGCAGUGGAAAUUCUGCACGGAGACACACCUUAGGGACCAGCAGCUCACGGAUGAGAGGACAUGUAUGCAGUUCUCUAUCCGAAGGCCCAAGCUGCCGUCUUCUGAGACCCACCCGGAGGAGAGCCUGUUCCGGAGGCUGGACGUGUCUGCGUGGCUCAGCCACCUGAACGAGCUGGGCCAGGUGGAGGAGGAGUACAAGCUGCGCCAGGCCAUUUUCUUUGGUGGCAUUGAUGUGUCGAUCCGGGGGGAGGUCUGGCCUUUCCUGCUGCACUAUUACAGCCACGAGUCCACGUCAGAGGAGCGCGAAGCCCUGAGGGAGCGGAAGCGAAGGGAAUACGCAGCCAUCCAGCAAAGAAGGCUUGCCAUGACCCCCGAGGAGCACAGAGCCUUCUGGCGCAAUGUGCAGUUCACUGUGGACAAAGACGUGGUCCGCACAGAUAGGAACAACCAGUUCUUCCGAGGGGAGGGCAACCCCAACGUGGAGAGCAUGAGGAGGAUCCUGCUGAACUAUGCUGUGUACAACCCAGCCAUCGGCUACUCGCAGGGCAUGUCGGACCUGGUGGCACCCAUCCUGGCGGAGGUCUUGGAUGAAGCAGACACCUUCUGGUGCUUUGUGGGUUUGAUGCAGAACACCAUCUUUGUCAGCUCUCCUCGAGACGAGGACAUGGAGAGACAGCUGCUGUACCUGCGGGAGCUGCUCCGUCUGACGCACCAGCGCUUCUACCAGCACCUGGUGUCGCUGGGCGAGGACGGCCUCCAGAUGCUCUUCUGCCACCGCUGGCUCCUACUCUGCUUCAAGCGGGAGUUCCCUGAGGCGGAGGCCCUGCGCAUCUGGGAGGCCUGCUGGGCCCACUACCAGACGGACUACUUCCACCUGUUCAUCUGUGUGGCCAUUGUGGCCAUCUAUGGGGACGACGUCAUUGAGCAGCAGCUGGCCACAGACCAGAUGCUCCUGCACUUUGGAAACCUGGCCAUGCACAUGAAUGGAGAGCUGGUGCUCAGGAAGGCCAGGAGUCUCCUGUACCAGUUCCACCUUCUGCCCCGGAUCCCCUGCAGCCUGCAUGACCUGUGCAAGCUGUGCGGGACAGGCAUGUGGGACAGCGGGUACAUGCCAGCUGUGGAGUGUGCCGGCCACCACCCAGGCUCAGAGAGCUGCCCCUACGGGGGCACAGUGGACAUGCCAUCACCCAAGCCCCCAAGAGAAGGCAAGAAGGCCCCAAAGGCAGCGCGGGAGGCAUUUGGUUUCCGCAGAUAGGAAAGCCCUUGGCCUUGACCAGGGCUGAGGGGACCUCCUUGAGGGCCUGGGUAAGUGGGAGGGGGUGGGGAUGGACAUGGAGGGAACACAAGGAAAUGCCUCUGGCCAAUGUGAAGAGAACCUUGUCAUGGUGACAGAAUCAGACUCUAGAAGUGACAGCAGGUAUCAGCUGUCUCAAGAACCCAGCUCCUGAGAGGCUGGCCCAGGAUGUCCAGCUACGCCGCUGGAAUGCAGGCUGGCUGGGUAUUCCAGCAGAGGCCAGGAGCCUCCGCAAGCUGUGGGCAAAGCAGGGUCUAGAAAAGGCCUCAUCCUCACACCAGCACCAAGGGACUCGGAGGAGCAGGACUGUCACCUGAGUGAGUCAAGCACACUUCUGAAGCUUCUUGGUCACAGCUGCAAGACUGGGCUGAAAAAAGAAAGAAAGAGGGGAGGGAGGGCACAGAGAGACAGAGAGAGACACACACACACACAGAAGAGAGAGAGAGAGAGAGAGAGAGAGAGAGAGAGAGAGAGAGCACAAGGAAAGAAAAGCUUGAGAGAGACCUGGGCCUCCCACGGUGUCCAUGUGAGUGUUCUGUGCCCUGCUAUGGGAAGGACACGCUACCCUGAGCCCAAGGCACAGGCUGGUGGACAAGGGUCAGAUGUCCCCCCACUGGGGUCCUCCUUUGAGGAUCUGAGGUUUGUCCCUUCUGUCAACCCACUGGGGCCGGAAAGGGUUGAUGGGCGUGGUGUGUACAACCACGAGGUCCUCUGAAGAGAAAAUUUGUGGUCCUGGAGAAGGGGAAGUGUGUAACUCCCAGCCAAGAAAGACAUCUGAAUGGCCGGGAGGUGCCUCUGCCUCCAUGCAGGACCUAGGGGGCUUCUAUCCUUGGCAUCUCUGCUGGCCGAGCGCCACUGGGACACUCCGAAUCUUGGAAAGGAAAAGGUGGCCCUCGUCCUCCAAAGCCAAGGAUUGUGCUUGGAUAAAGGUGUGUUCCAGAACAUUCCUAGCCAGUGAACCGAGAGCUGGUGCAAGCAAGGAGCCUGAUUCCUUCGUCAGGCGCUGACUCCUCGUGGGGAAUGCAGCCUCGGGGUAGGUGGAGGUGCCCGCUGUCAUUGGCUUCUCUCCCUGAGAGUGGCGCUGCAGGACGGUGCCGAGUUUAAAAGGUGCUUAUCAGAACGAGAGAGGGCCGGGGCUCUCACAGCCUUCCUUCUCAGCUCUCCAAUUCUCCCAUGAGCCUGUCCCCACUCUGCAGGCGCUCCUGAGGAUAUGGGGCCAUCUAGGAAGAGCCUUUCGGGAGGGGAGGUUCCCUGAUCUUGGGGGUACUGUCCAUUAUGAGAAGUGGGGUCCCCCCCCACUUGCUUUCUGUACUGGCUUCUGACUUUCUGGAGCUGGGGCCACAAGCAGGCAUACACACUGUCUGUCACCACAAUAGCAGAAUAUAGGGCACACAGAGCCUCAGAGGUCUAGAACCAUGUGCUGUGACCUGUGCCAAGCGCUCGGGAUCAGCAGUGAGGCUGGGUGGUUCUGGUCUUAGGCAGUCUUGCUCAUUCGUUUCUGGGUCACCAUCUCUGAAUCGCCGUGGGCACAUGAAGUGUAUAGGUGUGAGGCAACACUGGCUUCUGGGUCUGAGGUCACCCCGUGGUGGUAGAGGUGGAAAUGAGCAGUGUUUUCUCUAAGUGUUGGUGGGUACCGCACAUGCUAACCACCUCUCCGGGCAAAGCAGGUUGAAUGGCUGAAGCCAGCAUCCAGCAGUGGAAAGCAAACCCUUGUCUCGGGGUUUUCUCUCAGUAGUCAGGUAACUCAGAGGGGUCCCAGCCGCCUCCCGCCUCAGGAAAUCUAGAUGCAGGCCACUCCUUUCCCAGGAUCAUGCUCCCGUGCUGCACCCCAGCUCCUACACCUUCGCUCCGCUGACACUGAUUCUGAGGGUCCAGCUCCCACAGUGCCCAGCCCCUGCUCCUCAGCUGACCCAGACUGUCCAGGCUUCCCCUCCCCCCACCCCCCAGAACCCUGGAUUACCGGACCCUGGCGUUACCUGCAGCAUCAGGCUAGCUGGGGCCUCUGCAGCCAGACAUGGUGUGUGGGCCCUCAGAGCCCUGCCCUGCUCUGAGAGGCCCAGCACAGAACAACAGCCUUAAUCUGGAUGCAAUUAGAGGAAACCAGCCAGAUACCCGGUGGCAGCUGUUACCCAGGAUUAUUCCCAGCCAGCGAAAGGCAUUAGGGUGAUAAUUCAGUCAUUAGACUUCUAGCCUUCCCACCGCCAAGACAUACAAAUCACGGGUAAUCAGCCCGCACACCGUCCCCUGGCCACGAGGCUUAUUUAACCCAUUUUUUAAAAUGACGCUUAAUGCUAUUGGCCAGCACGGCUGUGUGCGCAUGCCCCACCGCUAAUGUCUGUGCUGACGACCGGCAUUGCCUAAUAUCACCGAGGCUCUGGAAAGGAAGGACACCUUUGAUACGUGUGUGUGCUGGCAGGGGUGAGGCUUGAAGCCUGCGUGGAAAGGGCACUCAGUUCUGACUCAUUCUCCCAAAAGAGGGGCUGGUGUGUGGGGAGGGGCGGGCAGCAAGGGGAGAGGGCCAGGUUGCAGUGUGUUCCUGCCUCAGGGCUGGAGACUGCCCUCACUGGGAAGAUAGAAGACACUGCUUUGCCAGACACUUCCACCUCAGGUGUCCUAGUCCUAGCCCGUCUCUGCUGGGGAGGACUUCGGCUCUCUUUGGAGCCUUGGUCUGGGCGGUCUGCAGAAGGAGAUCCUGACCAGUCCAACCCUGAUCCGGUGGGGUGGGGGGCUGUGCUAUGUUCAGGAAGGGACGGUUUGGGUGUCGAGUUUUGAGCUCUUGCUGAAAGUGGUGGGAAGCCCUUGCCAGACAGGACACUGGCCCAAAGGAGGGUCUCCUGGAGCUGGUGCCUUUGAUGGCCCUGCACACUGAGGGGGAUAGAAUAAAGGGCUGGGGAGAGGACCGUAGGCUGGGUCAGGGGUCAGCGACAGCAAAAGGUGUCUCCUCCCUGCAUUUGUCUUUUGCUGUUUUGCUGCACCAAGCGGCAGGACGUGGAACUUGGGGCCUGCUGCCCCACGAAGUGACACACCCAACCCCCACAGUGCCAGGAGUCCACCUGCGGCCUCCCCUCGAGGCUCCCUUCCACUGUGGGUAGGCCGGGGGUGCCGGGAACACCCUGGGCUGGCCACACGGAGGGAGCCUGGCAGAGGUCCCCGGAGGCCACCCUGCCCACAAGGGAGGUGGAAAGCUUUGCAGGGGUAUGGCCUGGGUUAGAGGUGGGCCAGAGCUGCCACCCAGCUGUGCCUCCAGGGAGGACCGGGAGAGUGGCCAGCCUGAGGCUGGACCUGCCAGAUCCCUAGAGUCCCUGAAGAGCCAGGGAGCCUCUGGAUAUCAGUCUUGUGUUUCUGUGGAGAUUGUGGUGCAUUUUGUUCUGGGCUAACCUGGCCUAGAGGGAUCUCCCCAAAUCUUAAGAAGCCAGUUUACCCCAGAGCUUCCCCAGUGAGGGGUCCCCUCAGCCCAUUUCCUUGCCUGUAAAAGGAGCAAGACUCUCCAACAGGCUCCUUUAAAAGACUGCUCUGGAGACAUCCAUGUAAAGCUGCCAUGAGGGUGGCUGACCAUGGCCCAGGGACCCCACCUGCCACUCAGGGAAGAGCCGGCUGGCCUUAGUCCUCUGAGGCAGUGACCCUCCCGAGAGGGCCUGUCCACUCCCAGUUGAAAGCUCUCCCUGGUGUGGAGUCAACAAAGUCCUCUCAUACCCACCCUGCUGCAGAUAGCACACUCUCAGCAACGCUCACUCUAUUUCACCCACGCCUACCCUGAAGAAGAAUGAGCCACAGGCCACCUCGGCUGCAGUCUUGGCCUGCGCCUGUCUGCACACGCGCAAAGCUCUGCUGUGGAUGGCAUCGCCCCCUCGGGGGAGAUCCUCUCUUCCUGAGCGGCUGCAUGCAGAUCCUGCCACCACCAGGCCUUUAAAUACGCCCUGUCCAGUUCCAGGGGGAAGGCGGCACCUCGGGUGCGCAGAGGUCAAGUCACAGGACCGUUGUUCGUCCACACUUUGAGGAUAAGGAAGACGCCUUUUCGCGUGUUUGGUUUUGUUUUUAAAGUAAUGAAGUAUGCCCACUGCUGAUGUCUAACAGGAAGUGAGUCGUUUCUCUGUUGCCUUUUGUUUUUUUAAGCAGUCCCCUUCCGGUCAAGGUCAGGACUGGUCACCAUGACCCCUGUUAAUCAUGACUCUCAUUGAUUCCACACAAAACAAAUAAAAUAGUAUUGCCACA